AUGGAUGACAACUUCAUAAGCGACAAGGAUGAACAGUUGUUGAAACUACUGCUUAAAAAUAGACCAAAGUUCAGCGAAGAAUUGAUUGACUACUACCUUUCGUACAGCGGAUGUAGCGUAACGGAAAAGUCCUGCCUCAGAUUCAUUUCUCUCAUGUUGCAUAAAUCGAUAGACAAAGUAAUGGAAAGGAAAUUUUUGCAAUCUAGCUUGAAACUAAUAGAUCAGUCGACGGUCUUGCUGCCCGGCGAAGCGCCCCAUGGCAAUCACAACCAGAAGGUUAAUGACAACAGGGGAGAACUUAAGAAGGAGCUGAACUGUGAAAAACUGUUGGAAGCUAUAAAAAAAUUUGAUCAAAAUUAUCAAAGUGAAGAAAUAAUAAAGAAUUUCAAUCUGCUUAAGAAAUAG